AGUCGGCUCGUGAAUCCGCCUCAUGCUUAUAAAAGACGCUCACAAAAAGCUUCCCGUUUUUCUAUAUCCUUUCCGUCCCACUGCAUCUUCGAUGAAAGUGAUUCUUUCCACGACGCUCCUUCUCUCAGGGCCUGUUUUAGUCCAUGGCCUAUGCCAGAAAUAUGUCGACGCCGCCACCACCGCUGCUGAAAAUCUUCAGUCUGCGUACUUCUCGGGUGGAACAUAUCCCUCUCAACCCGUCUGGAUUAGUGCAGUAGACACAUGGCAUCUUCAGCGACUCGAUAGUUUGGCGGGAGCAUCCACUUACUCCGGCAUUAUCGAUACUGUCUUCACCGAUUACGAGACCCAACUUCAAACUGGAGGCUCUUAUGACGACGUUCAAUGGGUCUCUAUCGCCUAUCUUCUAGCCGGAAACGUAGACAUGGCGAAGACGUAUUAUGAUAUUGCCAGUACGGCAGUUGAUAGUUCCUAUUGUGGCGGUGGAUUGUUUUGGAGCUCGGCAAGGGACUACAAAAAUGCCAUCACCAACGAGCUUUACCUGGCCACUUCCGGUUACCUCUAUGAUGUGACCCAAGAUACCCAAUACUUGACGAAUCUCAAGAACAUAUGGGAAUGGUUCAACGCUUCGGCCAUGCGAGGCAGUAACGGACUGUAUAACGACGGUCUCACCAAAGACGGGCUAUGCGCCAAUAACGGUCAGACCCAGUGGACCUACAACCAAGGCGUCGUCCUCGCCGGUUUAGGUUUCCUUUACAAAUAUACCCAGGACGAAAGUGCCAUUACCAUGGCAUGGUCCAUCAUGGACGCGGUCCUUGCGGACCUUGUUGACAACGGUGCCCUGCGUGAAUCCUGCGACAGCACCACCUCAAGCACUUGCGACAACGACCAGGUCUCUUUCAAGGGGAUUUUGGUCGAGUAUAUGGCAUGGUUCCUCAGCCUCACCGGUCGCGACAAUGGCACCAAGUACUCGGAUUUCAUUAAGCUGCAGGCUGAUAAGGUGUUGCAGUAUGCUGUUGGGUCGGCGGGCUGGUACAGCAAUCUUUGGUACGAUCCCGAUGCCAAUGGUGCGGUGUGGACGGCACCCUCACAAGGUGCUGCACUUGGCGCGUUUGUGGCUGCUGGGGCUCAGAGUUGCUGAAGGAUGCUGUAUUGUAAUCGAUCCAAUUAUCGAC